AUGAGAGCUUCUCAGAUUAUCUCCGCCGUUUUGGCGACGACAACCACGGGCGUGCUUGCCGCUACGAGCGGCACCUUUGACGUCCUCACCAUUAACGUUGCAGGCCUUCCAGCCAUUUUCAACAGCAACGAUGUUCCCGGAGACAAGGCCACGAAUGCGCGGACAAUCGGUGCGUACUUUAGCGAGUAUGGCUACGAUAUCAUUAAUAUGCAGGAGGAUUUCAACUACCAUGCCUACAUCUACGAGACCGACGCCCACCCCUUCCGCACCCCUACUUCGGGUGGAGCCGCCAUCGGAUCCGGCCUGAACACGGUGGCCAACUUUGACUGGAUCAACUUCUCCCGCACCAAGUGGAACACGUGCUCCAACGACUCGGGCGCCGACUGCCUGACGCCCAAGGGCUUCACUUUUAUGCGCGUCAACGUCGACGACGGCGUUUGGGUGGACGUCUACAACCUGCACACCGACGCAGGCACGGCGGCGGGCGACCUCACCGCGCGCAACAGCAACCUUCAGCAGGUGGCGGACUACAUCGAUACCUGGAGCAAGGGCAACGCCGUCCUCGUCUUCGGAGACACCAACAGCAGGUAUACCCGAACCUCGGACCAGAUCCGCGUCUUCAGCACCCAGAACGGCAUGACGGACCCUUGGGUCCAGCUUGUCCGCGGCGGGGUGGUCCCUACCACGGAGACGAUUUGCGCGAACCCCAGCACGACAAACUAUUGCGAGACGGUGGACAAGGUCUUUUACCGUGGGAGCCCCGUAGUAAACCUCGCCGCCACCGAAUUCAGCUACGAGAGCUCCAAGUUCCUCCAGGCCGACGGCAACAUCCUUUCCGACCACAAUCCCAUCCGCGUCAACUUCAACUGGUCCCUGUCCAAUAAGUUCCGCCAGUCCAACUACUGGGGCGGACCCCACGGCACCUGGUUCACCGACCUGCCCACGCUGAGCGGAAAAUCUGGGUCGUUGAAGACUUCCAAGAUCACGUUCCGCGGUGGCUCCCGCCUCGACUCCGUCGGCCUGACCCUCGCCGACGGCACGGCUUUACGCACGGAGGAACUGGCGGCACGGCCGCUUCUCUGA